GCGGCCAUCUAAAAAAAAAAAAAAGGUCCCCUACCCCAAGCAACAUAAGCUCAGAUCUCGAGGUCCAUCAUUCUUUCAGGUUGACAUCAAUCUUUUUUUCUUAUAGACACUUCUUCCGUUGCUUGUGUAUUUUUACCACACCUAGACAACGAAACGUAGACGACUUCGGCUCAUAAUAUGCAACUACGAAUUGCCUCUUCGACUAUUGGGCGCUCACUAUCAUCAAUUUCGGCAACGAAGAACAUCGCACAGCGGCCAUGCCUUCCUCGCCUUGAUGGCGCCUUGAAGAAGGCUGCUGCCGGCCAGUCUCAGGGCUUCGCCACAGCAGUCUCGAUGCCAACUCACUACGGCCAGACGACCGCCAACACCAGCUUCGUAGGAAACAGCUUGCAAGGCCGAUCGGGUCGAGACUAUGUAAUCCAGCAGGUCCUGCAAGACCGACAGAACCGAAUGGUCUACUUGGCCGAAUCCGAGAACAAGAGAUAUGUGCUCAAGAACCUCGACGCACCCGAGUACAACUAUGCUCUGUCCCUUCAGCCGAAGCUUGCUGACAGCCCAUACCUGAGGGCUGUUACCGACACCAUCCCCGGCCAGAAGAUGUUCGUCAACGAGUAUCUCACCGAUCACUUGAUGAACUUUGCCUGGAAGCCUAUGCCGUUGCUCACUCAGAAGCGCAUUCUCAGGGAUGCGCUUCGGGGACUGGCCACCAUGCACGCCAACAACAUUGCACACUUGGACAUCAAGGCAAACAACAUUAUGGUCGACUAUCAUGAGACCGACAAGGGCGUUGUUGUCGACAGAGUCCAGCUGUCUGAUUUGGAGGAUGCUACACACAUACCACCUGCACAGGCGCUGCGCGGUCUCCAGGUGGGCAACCACUGGUGGCGAUCACCCGAGGCUCACGUCAAGGGGGCCAUCAACAAGCCCACCGACAUCUUCUCAUUCGCCAUUGUGUCAAUCUUUCUUUUGUUGAGACGUGUUAUUUUCUGGAUGGAUCUCCCUCAAUCCACCGAUCUCAGCUUCGCCAUUCUGGAGAAGCAGAUUUCUCACUUUGCUGAGUGGGAAGACUUCGACGAUUUCCUCAACUACUUGGGUCGUGGACAUCCUUGGCACCAGAAGUUCACAAAGAUGGCUGGCUCUUUUGGCGAGUCCAACCCGCGCCGACCAUUUACUAUGUGGAAGAGCGACAUGUUGGACGCAGAUUUCAAGGAUCUCAUUCGCCAAAUGACAAACUUCGACCCUAGAAAGCGCAUCACUGCGCAGCAAGCUCUAGAGCACCCUUGGUUCAAGGACGUGCCUGAAUUCUCAUAAACGGAUAGAUACACGACAAACAAAAACGGCAGGCAGGGCCUGAAUGGAAGGGAAAAGAACUGCACGGAACGGAACGGAAUGGAUUGCACUUGGUUACGGACAUACACAUAGAGAUGAUACCCCCGCAAGGAAUACGCGGAAGGGCAGAAAGCCCUCGGACGAGAAAGACCAGACAUACAUCUGAUAUAGACUAGACUAAUAAUAAUCGACGGAGAGCUCUCGAAGCCCGUCACAACCACAA